AUGAAGCAAAGCAAGAAUCAGCUUAGGAGGGCAAGGAAAAAGGCGCAGAAAGUCGAGGCUGCCGCUGGAGCGCCCGACGAAAAGCCACAGACGACAUCGCUGAAGACGCAGGCCCCCGUACCCGCGCCGCAGAAUGCGCCCGCCGACCUCGAUGCCUCAUUGCCCCUCGAACCCAGCGACCCAUUAUGGGAUAUCUACAAGGGGAUUGCUAGCAAGUUUGAUGAAACGGCGAGUGACAGUCUCCCUACAAAACAGGCCGAGAAACCGGAGGUGUAUUUCGACGAUGGUGACGAGAUCCCCGACGAGGACGAAGAGGCGGAACCAAAAAUAUCGAAGAAGAAACGGAAAGAGAUGAACAAAUUAUCGGUCGCAGAGCUCAAAGCCAUGGUCCGGAAGCCAGAAAUUGUCGAGUGGACAGACACAUCGGCGCCGGAUCCCCGGCUUCUCAUCCACAUCAAAGCUCAUCGGAAUGUCGUUCCUGUGCCCUCGCACUGGUCGCUCAAACGCGAGUACCUGUCAUCCAAGCGGGGGUGGAAAAAGCGCCUUUCGCCCUGCCUAAAUUCAUUCAAGAAACGGGAAUUGCGGAAAUGCGUGACGCUGCUCUGGAAAAACAGGAACAAUCCACAUUGA